UAAAUCGAUCAGGGAUUACUUGAGGGUUCGAUCAGGGAUUACUUAGGGUACGCUCACCUAUUUUUAAAGAUCAUGUCAACUCACAAGAGCGUAUCAAAUACUAGUAUUAAAAAAAUGAAGGGAGUAAUGGCAAAGAAAACGAAGCCUAAUCAAUGCUAAGGUUGCCCGCCCCUAACAAAAAAACCAAUGAACGCCCGUCUGGAACAAGAAGUGACAGUGAGCGUAGGACAAAGGGAAAACACCUGGUCCGUGAAAUUAGUGAAUACAGUAACUCUGUAAUCUUGUAUGCUUCUUUCAUUCUUUCAACUUUCACCUUCUUUCUUCUUCCCUUUUCCCUCCUUUCUUUACCAUAAAGUUACACUACAUUUCAUUACAUUACCUGUUUUGGUCCUUUGCAAUCAAUGUGUCUCUUUCCUUUUAUUUCAUUUCAUUACCAACAAAAAACAAAUUAAAUUAAACCGCCCUUUUAUGUUACUAUUGCCCCAAUUUCUCCUUUGAUUUUGCUUUCUUCAAAAGUUCCACUUUCAGCUUUCCUUUUUUCAAACACACAUAUGUGCACAUUUUCACUUUCAGCUCUACUUUAAUGGGGUUUUUUCAAAAUUAGUUUUUUUUUUUUUUCCUUUCAUAAUUUGGAAAAUUUCUUUCAUGGGGUUCUCCAAAAAUGAGAAUUUCAUCUGGGUUUUUGAUUUUUUUGCAUUUGGAUUAAGUUUGCUGUUCUGAGUAUUCAGUUUCAUAGCCACAUUGUGUAUUAAAAUGAAAUUUUUUCAUUGAAUGUUUUGCAACUUUUCACUGAAUUUUUCCAUUUGUUAUUUGUUCUUACAUGGGUUCCUCCAAAAAAUGAAAAUUUCCAUCUGGGUUUUUGAUAAUUUUGUAUUAGAUUUUGUUUGAUUUUCUGGGUGUUUCAUUUCAUACCCACAUUGUACUUUCUAAUUCUGGAAAGUUAACUGAAUUUUGAGAGCAAAAGCACAGAAAGAGAGAAAAAAUGUGCUCAUUUCAAAGAGAAAACACAAAAUUUGAGAAAAUUCCAAGAUUUUUUUCCUCAAUUUUGCUUAUUGUUGGGUUUCUAACAAUAGUAAGGUCUGAACUCCCUGAUCAAACUACAAUGUUUGCACUAAAUGAAGAAAUUGGGGUACAAGGUUGGGGUGUUAAUAGUUCAGAUUAUUGCAAUUGGAGAGGUAUUGUUUGUAGUUCAAAUCAAACUGUUGAAGUUCUUGAUCUUUCUAGCCGUUGGCUUAGAGGUAAUGUCACUCUAAUCUCUGACCUCAAAGCAUUGAAAUGGUUAGACCUGUCAAAUAACUAUUUUUCUGGGCCAAUUCCUACUGUUUUUGGUAGUUUAGCUGAGCUUGAGUUUCUUGAUUUGUCUACUAAUAAAUUUGUGGGUUCAAUUCCUAUUGAGUUUGGAAAACUUCAGAAUCUUAAAGCAUUGAACCUUUCUUACAAUAUUCUUGUUGGUGGGAUACCUGAUGAACUUGCAGCAUUAGUAGAAUUGCAGGAUUUUCAGGUAUCUGGUAACAAGUUGAAUGGUUCAAUUCCGAAAUGGGUUGGAAAUUUAACUAAUCUUAGAGUUUUUGCUGCUUAUGAGAACGAUUUGGGUGGUGAAAUUCCUGACAGUUUGGGUUCGGUGUCUGAACUCGAGUUGUUAAACCUUCACUCGAAUUCGCUUGAUGGGUCUAUACCAGAGGGGCUGUUUGCUAAGGGGAAGUUGGAGUUUUUAGUGCUUACUCAGAACAGGUUGACAGGAACAAUUCCUGAAUUGAUUGGGAGCUGUGAUAACCUUUCGAGCAUUCGAGUUGGGAACAAUAAUCUUAUAGGCAGUAUUCCAAAAUCUGUUGGGAAUUUAACUAGCCUUACAUAUUUUGAGGCUAACAACAAUAAUCUUUCAGGGGAGAUUGUUGUGGAAUUUGCUCGUUGCUCGAACCUCACUCUCUUGAACUUGGCCUCGAAUGGGUUUACUGGCAUCAUUCCUCCUGAACUAGGGCAGCUCAGUAAUCUGCAGGAAUUGAUAGUUUCAGAAAAUAGCCUGUUUGGAGAUAUACCGGAGUCCAUUCUUCGUAACAGAAAUCUUAACAAGCUCGAUCUUAGCAACAACAAAUUCAAUGGCACCAUACCUGCUGACUUAUGCAACACCUCUAGAUUGCAAUUCUUGCUGUUAAGUCAAAAUUCUAUGAGAGGAGAAAUACCACAUGAGAUUGGGAAUUGUGUUAAAUUACUGGAUUUGCAGCUGGCCACUAAUUAUCUAACUGGCACAAUUCCUCCUGAUAUUGGUCGCCUGAAAAAUUUGCAGAUAUCGCUGAAUUUGAGCUUCAAUCAUCUCCAUGGACCUCUACCACCGGAGUUAGGGAAGCUCGACAAGUUGGUUUCAUUAGAUGUGUCCAACAAUCGACUGUCUGGAUCAAUACCUUCAGCACUCAAAGGCAUGCUAAGUUUGAUAGAAGUUAAUUUCUCGAACAAUUUGUUCACUGGCCCUAUACCUGCUUUUGUACCAUUUCAGAAAAGCUUAAAUUCUAGCUUCUCAGGAAAUAAGGCUCUAUGUGGUCAGCCAUUGAGUUUAUCUUGUGACAAUGGAGGUGAUCAGGAUAACUAUACUCACAAGAUAUCUUACAGGAUCGUAUUAGCUGUUAUUGGUUCUGGUUUGGCAGUCUUCAUUUCUGUCGCUGUGGUGGUUCUGCUGUUCAUGAUGAGAGAGAAACAAGAAAAUUCGGCCAAAGACAUAGGCAUUGUGGAUGAUAGUGCUACUAGCAAACCACUGAUAACUGCAGGCAAUAUCUUUGUUGAAAAUUUCAGGCAAGCUAUAGAUUUUGAUGCUGUUGUUAAGGCAACUUUCAAGGACACAAACAAGCUUAGCAGCGGGACUUUUAGCACAGUUUACAAGGCGACCAUGCCCUCAGGGAUCAUUCUCUUGGUAAGAAGUCUUAAAUCGGUGGACAAGACCAUAAUUCACCACCAGAACAAGAUGAUAAGGGAGCUUGAAAGGUUGGGAAGACUAAACCAUGAUCAUCUGAUGAGACCCCUCGGUUUUGUAAUUUAUGAGGAUGUUGCCCUUUUGCUGCAUGAAUACAUGAGCAAUGGAACCUUGUUCCAACUUCUUCAUGAGAAUACAAAGAAACCUGAGUAUGAACCCGACUGGCUUACUAGGCUCUCCAUUGCUAUUGGAAUAGCUGAAGGGUUGGCAUUUCUUCACAGUGUUGCUGUUAUUCACCUUGAUAUCUCUUCUGGUAAUAUACUUUUAGAUGCAAACAUGAGUCCUCGAGUUGCUGAGAUCGAGAUUUCAAAGCUUCUUGAUCCAUCCAGAGGAACUGCAAGUAUCAGUGCAGUUGCCGGCUCAUUUGGUUAUAUUCCCCCAGAAUAUGCAUACACCAUGCAAGUUACUGCACCAGGAAAUGUGUACAGCUAUGGUGUUAUCUUGCUUGAAAUUCUUACAACACAUCUACCAGUUGAGGAGGCAUUUGGCGAGGGAGCAGAUUUGGUGAAGUGGGUACAAAGUGCUCCGAUGAGGGGGGAAACUCCGGAGCAGAUACUCGAUGCAAGGCUUAGCACAGUUUCAUUUGCUUGGAGAAAAGAAAUGCUUGCAGCUUUGAAGGUUGCAUUGCAGUGCACAGAUACCACGCCCGCCAAAAGACCUAAGAUGAAAAAAGUUAUUGAAAUGCUUCAAGAGGUUAAGGAGAAAUAGAUUUGGUCUAUGCAAAUGCAAUCAAGCAAAGAUUGAUUAUGAGAUGUGAUUUUAAAGCAUUAGCUUGAAUUAUCACAUAAUAUCACUAGUUUUUGGCAGGAAUGAGUUUUAUUUUGCCAUUCUGUAUAAUCCACUUCAUAAUUGUAUGAUUAAAUUCCCAAAAA